AAUAAUACAGUUAUGUAACAUUUCAAGUCAGUGUAGUUAGUCGCCUUGUUUAAAGUUAUCAUGUACACUUUGCUGCUUUUCACACGGAUAGUUUCCACUAUUGCCGGAACUUUUAUUUGGAUGUUUUUUUUUCCACACGGAAGAUUUUUGAUGUAGCUACCGAAGGUUAGUUCGGUCACGUGUGUUUUGAAAAAGUUCAUACACAUGGAGUGCUGUAUGGGAAUCGUUGCGUUUAAAUGCGAUUUCAUUGCGAGAAAAGCUUUAAUGAAUCAUCUCCGUGUCCUGUAUUCAUCGCUGAAUCUUCAACUACAUAUUUUUAAUUGAAUACGUUUUGUUUUUUUAAACGUUUGCAAUUUUGUGGCUAACAAUUAGCUUGCACCAGGGCUGUGAAGGGUCCUCCUGCGCCACUUUCCGCACCUUUCUCUGUCUUGUUUGUCGGUAGCUGUGGUUAGCUUGAGUUUCACAUCGUGUAAGCAUAUUCGACCGAACUGAAGGAAUAAGCACCACCAGCAAAGCUUAAGCGUCGUUAAAAUGGUGUUCUUCACCUGUAAUGGUUGUGGUGAAUCCCUGAAAAAAGCUCAGGUUGAUAAACAUGUGAACAUGUGCCGGGGGUGCCAGUCCUUGUCCUGCAUCGAUUGUGGAAAAGACUUCUGGGGUGACGACUACAAGAACCACAUUAAAUGCAUCAGCGAGGAUCAGAAGUAUGGAGGUAAAGGUUUCGAGGCUAAGGCAAACAAAGGAGACGUGAAACAGCAGCAGUGGCUUCAGAGAGUACACGAAGCCAUGAACAAACCUGGAGUCAGUUCAAAGCUAAAAGAUGUACUCAGACAAGUCAGUGCCUAUGACAACGUUCCAAGAAAGAAAGCAAAGUUUCAGAACUGGAUGAGGAACAGUCUUAAAAUACCAAAUACCAGUCUUCAUGAUGAAGUGUGGGACAUCCUUGGGGAAGCUGACAAGCCUCUAGCAGCCUCACAGGAGACAAAAGAGGCCAAACCAUCAGCGCCUGAAGUCGAAGCGGACACAAUUGGAAAGGAAGAGCAGAAUGGCAAUCCAGACACCAAAAAGAAACUAAAUAAGCGAGAACGUAAAGAGGCCCGUCAACAGAAGAACGGGAAAGCUGUAAAAGCUGUUGAAAAGCCAGUUGCACAGGAGCCUGCACAAGAGCAGGCAGGAAAAAAGAAAAAAAAGGACAGAAAGCGAAAGCACAGUUGUGAGGAUGAGGAUGAUGAUGAUGGAGAGCAGAACGGGCAUGAAGCUAAAAGUGAGACAUCAAGCAAGAAAUCAAAGAAAGUCCACCAAGCAGAAGAGGCAGAUACCGUACAGGCAUCUGACGAAGAUGAAGAUCAAGAGGUUCCUAAAGGCAAAUUCAACUGGAAGGGAACUAUCAAAGCAGUACUGAGAGAAUCAACCGACCAGGAACUUGCAGUCAAGAAACUGAGGAAAAAAAUUUUGGCUGCCUACUACUCUUGUACUGGGGAACAAAAUUUUAAAACAGAGGAAGAGGUGCUGGCACUUUUCAACAAGAAGAUCAACAAAAAUCCCAAAUUCAGAGUUCUGAAAGACAGAGUGAGGCUUGUAAAGUAGUUUGUUUUUGCAAACCAUCUAGCAUGAAAUGUAUGUUGUGCAUAGACAUUUAUCAUUUGAAAGUCAUUGUAGUCCGCCGUCCUCCCCUUGGGUAUUCUUAUGCGGAUGAUUCAGUCUUAAAGAUUAAAUGAUUUUAUAACUCAA